AUGUCCCUCGAGAAAACCGACGACGCCAUUGCCCCAGCAGCCGCAGGCCCCACAUUCCCAACCCACAACUCAGACAGCAGUCUGAACGACGUGAAGCUGGAAUAUGAGAACGAAGGCGAGAUUUUCAAGCGGGGAGAGGGAAUCGAGGAUUUCCGGACCGUGUCGUGGAUUCAUACGAGUAUGAUUUUGCUGAAGCUAACCUUCGCCACGGGCGUCCUCACCAUCCCAUCCGCCAUGUACGUCCUAGGCUCGUUCCCAGGCGCCAUCAACGUGCUAGGCUGGCAAGGCAUCAACACGUGGGGCGCUCUAGUCUUGGGCCAAUUCCGCAUGCGCCAUCCAGGCUGCCAUUCCAUCGCCGACAUGGGGAUGCUGGUCGGCGGCCCCAUUAUCCGCGAGCUCUGCGGCAUCUUGUUCCUGGUUGCUUUUCUGAUUGCCGCGGCGUCGGGCAUGGUGGGCGUGUCGACGGCGCUGAAUGCACUGUCCGAACACGCGCUGUGUACGAAUUACUUUUCCAUUAUCGCGGCGCUCAUGGUGGCGCUGUGUGCGAGUGUGAGGAAAUUCGAGAAGAUUGCGUGGAUUACCUGGGUCGGGUUUGGGUCCAUUUUUGUCGCGGUUUUUAUUGUCGUCGUCGGCGUCACAACGCGCGACCGCCCAGCCGCAGCUCCGCAAACAGGUCCAUAUGACUUUGGCUACCAUGUCUUCAACAGUCCCACAUUCGCCGCUGGCAUCACAGCUUCAAGCACUAUUUUCUGCUCUGGAGCCGGCACGCCCGCUUUCCUGCCCGUCGUGUCGGAAAUGCGGAACCCGCGGCACUACCGGCGGGCGGUGCUCUGGUGCAUGGGCUUUGUCACGGCGUCGUACCUGUCGCUGAGUCUGGUCGUGUACAAGUAUUGCGGCAAGUGGGUUGCUUCGCCUUCGCUGGGCAGCGCUGGGCCGACCGUCAAGAAGAUUGCUUACGGGAUUGGUAUUAUUGGACUGCUCGUCAGUGGCGCUCUCUACGUCCACGUCAGCGCCAAAUACAUUUUUGUGCGCAUUCUGAGAAAGUCGAGACACCUCCAGGCCAAUACGGCUAUCCAUUGGGGGACGUGGCUGAGCUGUGUGGGCGCCACCGCCAUUACCAGUUUCCUGAUUGCGUCUGGAGUGCCCAUCUUCAACUAUCUGUUGAGUCUUGCGGGAAGUAUUGCCUUUGCUCCUCUGGCCCUGGGCUGUCCGGGUUGGCUAUGGAUCUACGAUCAUCCAAACCACUGGAAGGGCAACAUAUGGCAGAAGAUCAUGUACCUGCUGCACGUCAUUCUUGUUGGCCUGGCCAUCUUCCUCACGAUAGGAGGUACAUAUGGCGUUAUUGUGCAGAUCAAUGACGCGUACAAGAACAAGCUGAUUGAUUCGGCCUUUUCGUGCGCUGAUAACAGCAACUCUUCCUAG